UUCGGUUCAGCGCGGGCGCAGUAGCGGAUCCGGCAUGAACACGAAGAAGCUCUAUAUCCACCCGGCGGACGACGAGGCCAAGAAGUCGCCGGUCAACAUGGUCGAGCACAUGCUGACGUCGUCGCCGAAGCGCGCCCGGCGCGAGGACCACCGGCUCGACGCGCUCUUCGCGUCCGUGCUCUGCGACCCGUUCAUGUUUGAGCACAUCCUGCUCUACUGCCGUGGCAUCAAGACCAAGCAUUGGGUGAAUGCGAUCCUCGCGGCGCGGUCCGGCAACCUCUUCAUUCUGCAGUUCCGCGGCCCGCAGCUCAAGUACAACGCGUACGUCUUUAGCGAGGCGAGCGCGCAUGGCCACCUCGACAUUGUGGCCUGGUGCCAUUUGCACAACCAUCCUGGUUGCACGACCGACGCCAUGGACUACGCGGCGCGCGCGGGCCAUUUGCACAUUGUACAGUACCUCCAUGCUCAUCGCCGCGAAGGCUGCACGAAGCGGGCGAUGGACUUCGCCGCGCUGAAAGGGCACCUCCACGUCGUCCAGUGGCUCCACGCGCACCGCAACGAGGGCUGUACGACCGAAGCCAUGAACGGCGCGGCCUUUGGCGGCCACCUCGAGAUUGUCCAGUGGCUCCACGAGCACCGCCGCGAGGGGUGUACGCCCGACGCGAUGGACUCGGCGGCCGCGAACGGCCACUUUCACAUUGUCAAGUACCUCCACAAGCACCGGCGCGAGGGCUGUACGAACAAAGCGAUGGAUCUCGCGGCUAAGAACGGCUACAUGCACAUCCUCAAGUGGCUGCACCAGCACCGCUGGGAAGGCGCGUCCGUGCGCGCGAUGGACUAUGCUGCCCAGAGCGGGCACAUGGAGAUCCUGCAGUGGCUCCAUGCGCACCGCCGCGAGGGCUGCACGACCAAGGCCAUGGACUGGGCGGCCGGGCAAGGCAACCUCACGAUCUUCCGAUGGCUCCAUGAGAACCGCAACGAAGGCUGCACGAUCCAUGGUGUCGCCGAGGCGUUCAAGCAAGGCCACACGUCCAUCAUGCAGUUCAUUCGCGAAAACGGUAUUUAUGGCGUCCACACGUUCCUCGUCUAAGGAGCUAGCGAUUAGCUGCUCUUGUCAAUAGGGUAUAUAUCUACAAUAAGCA